ACAUGCAGGUCGCUGUCAAGCUCCAUAUGUUGGUACAGUCGUGAUUCGCUGGUUGGGCCACACAUUUGUCCAACUAACGAAUUUGAUUCGUUAGUUGGACCUACUGACAGAAGUUAAAAACUCUCCAAAGGAGACGUUAGUAGUGUAAUUGCAUCUAUUCACAGCUCUAAUAAUUGUCAGAUUGAUUGUCAAAGUAAAUUUGACAUAAGAUGUUGACAUUCAGAUGCUUUUUAGUUGGGCAAUGGUCCAACUAGAGGAGGUCCAACUAAAAAGCGGUCCAGUUGAAAAGUGUUCAACCAGCGAAUCACGACUGUAGAGGGCUGAUGUAAAAGCGUGCGGUAUUCUAAUCGUCCAAUGAGGGACAGUCGACCAGAUUUUAAUCAAGCCCAGUAAACGGAAAAGCGACUUGGUGGCUUUGAUCAGAUGCAUGCGAGCGGUAGGUUAUUGAAGCUUUGUUCUAUAGGCUAUCCGCCGUAACUUGCCGUUUACUGUCAAAAUGGUGUGAAAAGUGUUUGUCCCAAAACGUAAUUUUUUGUCAUUUCUUGUAAUGGAACACUUUUUCAGUUUUCUUUAGUCAUCUCUCACCAGAGUCGAAAAAGGUUUUUUUUUUUUGUUUACCAAAAUCAGGCGAAAAUGACGAAAGCACAACGCUACUUUAUGAACCACUAGAACAUGGCGAAAACGAAAAUGAGACAACGGCUUACGACAAAGCAUGCGUGUUAAUUCAAUUUCAUUAUUUCCUCCACGCACUCGUUUUCGCUUUGAGAUUGAGAACGACAUUAGUCCCUUCGAUGUUGAACAUAGUGCUGAUACACUAGUAACGAUAUUUACUUGUUGUUCGAUUUGGUGGAAAUACGAGAUAGCGAUGAUAUUGGACGACUGAAGCACUAUUGGUGUAUAUAUUUCCCGUAUUUGAGGUGUUCUAGUUGCAGCUAGCACAUCAAAACUCUGAAUACUUUCCGUGCUCAUUGUAAGAUGCGUGCAAUCAUAUGAGCGGUAUUCUACUUCCGAGCUCCAAUUGAUAAAUGCUUUAUAAGCCAAUUAGGAUAAGUUAGUUUUGUAGCUUUAAGUUUCUCGAUUACAAUUAUUAGCUAUUCAAUCAAUCACUUAAAGUACAGAGAAAACGUUAUUCUUACUAACGAGUGUCGUCCUGCCUACCACGUGCACUCGCUGUAUUAGAUCUGACCAUGCGCAGUGCCAGUCCAGUCCUUGUGUCAUCCCUUUCGAAAGAAUCACAUAAAUACCAAAAACAUUUGCACCUAUGAAUCUCGCAAAAAAGCCGAUGGAGCCAGAUCGCCACGUUAUCAAUGAUCCACACCAGUGUCGAUUAUGUCUUCGAGUAUGCGACGAUACGUUUCUGGAGAGUAUCUUCUCCGAAAAAGAAUACAGUAUUGCCCAUCAAAUCUUCGAAUGUACCUCAAUACGGGUCACCAAGCAGGACAACUUAACCAAGAUCUGUAAGAACUGUGCCGCCCUGUUAUCCAUCACCACCGAGUUUCGAAACGCAUGCUUCAAGACGAACCGUCUACUGAUGGAAGAUUUUGUCAUCCUGGAGGUGGGAGAAUGGACCGAAACUGCUAAUCGUAGCACGCUGCGAGACUGCUCGGAACUGAUCAUGAUGCACAAGCAACAGGUCGACUAUCUGUACGCCAGUAUUGUUCCGGACUCGGAAUCCUAUCUGGCGGGAUCGUUGGAAAUUGAACGGGAACUGUUUAACUCAGCCAGCGCGGAGAAGGAACAUCGUUCGGGUCAAAAGGUUCGAGCUAGUGACCGAGAUGUUGAAGACUCUGCCAAAGACUGUGAGCCCGAGGAACCCGAUCCGGAGAUCAUCAAGGAGAUUACAAAGUUCCUGGAAGGGCAACAAACGACCGAUAGCAAUGAGUUAUGUCAGAUAUGUCUGCUGGAUGUUAUCAAAGAACCAGACGCGUCGUUACGUGGUUUCAAAAGGUACUUGAAGAAAAUAAACAAUGACAAUCGACGACUUUGGAUAUGCGAAAUGUGUCAAUUAACACUAGAACUGUUAGUAGUCUGGCAAGAUUUGGCUCAAAGUAACAAAAACAAGUCGCUUAUAUCGAAGGCAGCGUUUAAACUGAAAGGAAUCAAGGAAACACAGCGGCAUUUGCUGAAGCAACUACAAAGACUGAAAACGGAUUUGGUGAGAACGACUGGGAAGCAGCAACCAACAGCAAAAGAAUCUAAAAUCAGCAAACGAAGAAAAGUCGAAUGUCAUAUUUGCGGGAAGCAAUACGAUCACUGGAAGCUAAAAGCACAUCUCAAUGAGCAUGAAAACAGGAGGCCCUACGUCUGCGAUCAGGAAGGAUGCAACAGGGCAUUCCGAGGAGUUGAUCUACUGAAUCGACACAAGAAGCUGUUACACUCGGACUAUUUCUACAAGAGCUGCCCGGUUUGUGAACGCAAGUGUAAAACCCAGGGCAUCUACAAGACUCAUAUUUCCUACCACGAGGAACCUAAGCUUCCCUGUGAUGUGUGCGGGAAGUUGAUGAGGAAUAAGAGAAGCAUGUGGAAACAUCUGAAAUCUCACGAAAGUCCGGAGCAGCGGAAGCAUGUCUGUGAGGUAUGCAAUAAGCGUUUCGCUGUUGCCUAUACGCUUCGGGUUCAUAAACGUAUUCAUACGCAGGAGAAACCUUUCGCGUGUAGUUUCUGUGGGAAACAAUUCCAGUAUAAUUGUCUGUUGAAAAACCAUGUUGGAAGAUAUCAUAAUAAAUAGAUAGAUAUCAAAUAAACAUCAGGUUGUUAACUGUGCGGAAAAAUGCGAAGUUAUACACUGCUUGUGAUUAGUAAGCCCAAGCAACCAGAAGUUCGGAUAAUACUUAAAAAGCACACUUUAAAGUUCACAUAAAGUUCUUAGCGAACUUUCAAGCUGCUUAAACUUUAAUGGAACUUGAAAGCUGCUUAAGCCGCUAUUAGUACACAAAACGUAUCGCAAAAUUACUUAAAACGGGAAGUUUAUGCAGCUUCCUUAUACGCACUUUUGGUUGCUUGGGAGGCUACGAAUGAUUCAGUCGAACGAAACAAACUAUGAAAAUAGAUAAAGCCGACAAGGCUAGUGGAAAUCUGAAUUGAAUUAUACAGCCAACGUUUGAUUUUUGGUGGAAAACAAAUCGUUUACAUGGCAAAUUCUGAGGUAAACACAUCACUCCACAGGACUGGCAGCUCGCAGCCGACGCUCAUGCAGGUAUCUCUCGAAAGAGGUUCCAGCGGCAGACAUCGUCAAAGCCUUUGACAGGAAGUCACGUCACCAAUUACUGGUGUGACCUACAAUGGCACCUCCGGAAGAUAAAAGUAUCGAUCGCUAAAUGGGUCGAUCGACAUAGCAGGAUCGAACAGAAAGUCCCUUUACGAUUAAGGGUGGGCUACACUGGACCUAACAGUCUGUGUAACAUGUAACACCAGAACGACGGUCGAGCAUCUCUUGGACGACCAUGCGGAACUACAGGACCUGCGCCAGCAGCCCAACCUACCUGGUUCCAUUCGUGACAACCCGUCAAAUAAAAACCCAGAUCGGGACGAUGCCCUGUUGUCAAAGAUGCAAAAUUGUUUGGCUCCAUCUAAGCCUUAAUAUCUGCGUGCGGAUCCUCUACCUCAAUCUGACGGGGUCCUGGAAAGGUUUUCACCGCGGUACAUUUCUCUCGUCACAUUGGAAAAGACCAGAAGCUUCCCUCAACGUCCCAUACUUUCAUCAGCGUAGGAAGAGAUUUUAAUGCUUGUGCCUUGGAGUGAGAUAUCAGGUUGACCAAGGCAAGAGAUUACAACCUGCCCUGACUCAGCUGGAUGUAAGGUUGUGCAACGAAGGUUCCGCUUGCACAUUCCGUAAAGGUAAUCCAUCAUCGACGUAACAUUCUGCAGUGCGUCUACACCAUUGAUCGGCGACAUUGCAUUGUAACGCGGAGAGUGAGGGCUGGCGAACGGAAGUGAAAAUAAGGACUUCGACCAGGCCUUUUUGUGAACCCACUUCAUGCUUCGUUCCAAUUUCAGAUGCCGAUGAGCUGUUGGCAACAUUGACGAGGGCGUGUGACGUAACAAUGCCGAGGAACUGCGUCCAGCGUACUGGUGGAACGAAAGGGUCAGCGUCCUGUAAGCUGCCUACCUAAAAGAAGCCAGCAGACGCGUUCAGAGAGCAUGAUCUGAGGCAGUCAGAGAAGAGUGUAAGGUAACAUUCCGGGUGGCUAGGGUUGCUUAGUAAGUCCACCUGAUACAAGGAGGGGCAACGCUUACCGUGUCGCGAUGACCAAGAUCAAGGAUCGACCAACGUCAUCCGAAAUGUGCGCUGACAAGCUGAAAAUUAUCAUGGAGAAUCUUUCCCCGAAGCACGACCCAACCGCGUGGUCGCCUACACCGUACGUUGAUGCAGAAGGUGCUGGUGACAAUCGAGUCUCCUACGACGAGCUCCUUAUAGUAACGAGAGGGCUGAAUCAAAUCCUUGCCCGAACUAAUCCAUACCCAAGGUCAAAAGAGUUGACAAAUAGUAAGAUCCCCAUAUGCCCUACCAAAACAAUUUGAUCUGUCCGCUUGUAAGUAGGAGCACACGGCUACCAACCAGCCAUGAAGAUAUUCGAACCAAUGAGAAUGGAUCAUACCAGUCGAAGGCCACAGCUCCAGCGUUAUCCCGUACAGUUCCUGAACUGUUUUAGCUGGAAUUAUAAUUGAAAAAUGAUAAAGCCCAGGUUUUUCGUGUUUCAUGACCCC